AUGCUAACCUUAUUUGCUGUCAAUAAAAAUGAAGACAAUGAAUGUUGGGCUCUGAAAAACGCUGAUUAUCGAUUAGGUUUUGAUAUUGGGUUUUUUAUUGCUCAUGGACUAAUCUUUCCAUUACUAAUGAGUACAUUUGGUUUUCUUACAAUUUGCAAUAUACGUCGACAACAACGUUAUUCUGAUCAACAAAAUGGAACAUCAAAUUUGAGACGUUAUCGUGUUCGGGACUUUCGACGGAUGACACUUGUUCAAACUGCCUGUGCCAUUAUAUUCAUUCUUCCAUAUGUUAUUCAAAAGCUACAUCGAACAGUAACUGAUUCUGAUUGUGAAAGACCUGAAGAAGUAGCAUGGGAACGACUGAGCUUAUGUAUAGUACGAGUGUUAUGUGUUGAUCUUCUUCAUGCAUUUUAUGGUCUCAAUUAUCAUUUCAAUUUUCUUCUCUAUGAACAAUAUCGAUCUUAUCGUUUCAUAUUUUAUUUUAUAUCAAAAUAUAAUUUUGAUAUAAUAUGUUCACAACAUCUACCAUUUAUUGUUGAUCGAAUUAUUGAUCUUAGUCUUUCUGAUCGUGAAAAUACUCCAGGACAAAUUAAUUUACUUCUAUCUUACAUACCGUCAUUUAGUCAAUUUACUCAAUUACGAUCACUUUCAAUAUUUCAUCUUCAUUCAUAUAAUAUAUUAAUGAAAAUCGUCAAUGAAUGUCAUCAUCUUAAUCAUCAAAUUUUCAAUCAGUUGUCAACAUGA